GAGACAGAGGUCAUGGCGAAGAAGAGAGAAGAGCCUUCCACUACUCCUGCUCUAAGCACAGACCUAAGUGAAUGGGAUAUCCCUCUCAGCCAAAUGGUUGGCCAAACAACAUCAAAUCCUUCAGGGCAGCUCUACCAAAGAAAAAGAAGGAGAUUACUCGUUGCUGCUGCUGAUGAUGACGAUGCUUCCACUUCUCCUCAACACAUUCAUCAAAUUCCCAGUCCAAUCAGCAAUGUACCCAUAGAACCCACUGUACAACCAACUCCACCACCAUCUGAAGCAUCGCAACAAACUUCCUUACAACCUGCUUCACAGUCUUCGCCACAGCAAUCUACACAAUCUGCAACACAACAUCCUUCCACUUCUCCUCAACACAUUGUCCCUUCUGUCUCUAGCCCUCAACCAUCGCCAUCCAACCCCUCCAAUUCCCAAACUUCAAACAAAGAAUCAUAGAGGAUUGAAUUUGACAUUUCAAUCAACAGCCAAUCCUCU